CUGUCAGUCGCGGUUGCCCGUUGCUACGCGCUAGCGGUAAACAGAGUGGCUGGCAGGAGGCUGGGUCGCGCCUCCCCCAACCUCAUAGAUUUUUGGCACAGCAAAGUAAUCGGUAUCUGCAGGCGCGAGCAAGACACACUCUAAGCUAUCCACUUUCCUCAGCCCUCUCGAACAUUCCUCUGUUGAAGGGGUUCUGACAUUCGUUGCACAUAGGGCAGAAUUACAUUCCACAAACCUGCAAGAGCUCCCCACACGUGGUAGUCGAGAACACCAAACCGACCCACGUUCCACCCUUGGCCACGCCGACGAACGUUCUUGGGACAAACUCGACAUCGAUCGCUCGUGCAGACUCACUGUCUGAGUGCAUUCCGCCAACUGUCUUGCCCGGCCCUCCUGGGGCGCAGGGUCAACUGGAGUGCAACCGCUCAGGCGCAUUCUUGAAGAGACACAGACAUGGCGAACCUCAGAUUUGCGGUCAGCAUGCAACGGUUGGUACCGUUUCUCGGAUACCACCACGUACUUAUGAUUCUGAUAGCCAUUGCUAUCAUACUACUAUCAUUACUACUGGCAGGAUGCUCUUCCACAUCACCACUCAUCCCCGGCAUCUUCCUCAUCUCCCUGUGGUACGAAAAGUACACACCCACAUACUCGACCGAGCAGGUCGACCCCGGCGUCACACAAGCCAUUGCGAACAUUGUUGGCAACGCGCAGCUCGGCGUGCGCGUUGGAUACUUUGGCAUCUGCAUCAACCGUGAUGGCGGCGGUUACAUAUGCUCCAACAACGCGACUGCGCUUGUCGACAACCUGUCGGUGGACCAGGACCCGCUCAACCUCGUCUGGGUCGCGGCGACCUUCAAGGACGCCGUCGUCUUCCCCUACCUGCUCAUCGUGGCCAUCAUCCUUGCCUUCUUCACCUUCGUUCUGCUCGCGACCUUUCCUGGGUGGCACGAGGAGCGCGACGAGCGCACAGGCUCUGAUGUCGAUGUCAAGCCCUUCCCCUCGAGACCCGUAUCGCAGGUCGCUCUCGCACUCAUCUUCGUCUCGUCCAUAUUCGUCUUGGUCUCCGUCUUAUGGCAACAUACCGCCUCCGUCGCUGCAGCAACCAUAGCGCAAGACUUAGGGAACGGGAGUGUCAAAUCUGGCGUUGGAACAUCAGCCAUGGUCCUAGGUUGGUUCGGCUUCGUACUGUUCAUCAUAGUAACCAUUGGGUUGCUUGUCAUGAUCAUCAGUAUCGUUGUCCUCGACCGUCUGACCGACGACUAGCGGCCAUGGUGACGUGGAUGAUAGGAUAGAGGAGUAAUAUUUCUAGAGGACGAUUGUUGUUCGCAUUGUAUUUUGCCGAGCGUACUUGGCUUUCGACUACAUACCCUUUUUGGCGAGGCGAGGCGACGCGGCUGACUGCUGCUGUCCAGACGACCUACUUGCAUAUCUGGCGUUGGGCGGACUUUUGCACCGAGCUUUGGCUCGUAAGAUCAGAUGGUUGGACGACUGACGGAACGAUUGAUGGACUGUAUUUAUGUAGUAAACGACAACAAGAAUCGAAACGUCAUACGGAACGA